UCAGAAGUGGGGACACGCCUGCUGGCACUGUCCUCCCAACUCAGCCACUGUAGGACCAUCCUUCGACUCUUCGAUGACUUGGCCAUGUUUAUGUACACUAAGCAGUAUGGCCUGGGGACAGAGGAGGAGGACAUCGUGGUCCGCUGUGUGUCUGUCCUGGGCAACCUGGCCGACCAGCUAUACUACCCCUGCGAGCACAUUGCCUGGGCUGCUGAUACCAAGAUCCUCCAUGUGGACUCUGCCCGGUGGUGGACGCUGAGCACGGCCUUCUGGGGCCUCUCCCUGCUCCUGGGGAUUGCCAAGUCCCUAUGGAUGGUCCUGAAGCUGAGACAGCGGCUCAGGAGCCCUGCAGCAGCCUUCACCAGCCAGCUGUCUCGGAGCAAGUGGAGGGCCAUGGAGACCCAGAUCCAGUCAGAACUCCUGACUCUCCUGAGCAACCUGGCUGACCUGGCCAACGCUGUACACUGGCUGCCCCCCGGUUUCCUGUGGGCAGGCCGCUUCCCGCCGUGGCUGGUGGGUCUCCUGGGCACCAUCUCCUCCCUCCUCAGUGUGUACCAGGCAGCCCGGGCCAGUAGCUGGGCUGACACGGCCACCUCCUGACAUGGCCCCAGGGUGCGUGGACACAGCCGGAACCCUGCUGAAGAGCCCCUUCCCACAGAGCAGAAAUCACCCAGGCAGGGGUCUCUGACCGAGCAAAUCAAAGCCAGGUGUGGGGAACUGCAACCCAGAGAACACAAGCAGUGACCUGAGGCACAAGACCGAAGUGGAUGUAGGGCAGGAAUGAGGUCCCCCAGGUGCUGGGGGUCUGGGCCUUUCCACCCAGGCCCCACCUGGGUGACUCUCAGGGCCAAAGCAGAGGACUCAGGGACUCCCAUGCAGAGGAAAAGGCCUCAGCCUCAUUUCUGGCAUCCUAUAUUCAGAUAAAGACAAGCAGGCGGCCAGGCUGGUAAGCACCAAAUGGGCCUUAGGAAAGCUGAAGUGAGAAUCUGCGGUGCUGGUGCCCCGGCGAGUCCUUUUGCCUAAAUUCAUCAGCUCCUUGCCCCUCCCAUCUGCAGGUCCACUCACUUCCACGCCCUCUCCCCCUGGUGGGGGCGCCCCUGUGCCUUACUUUAGGGAGGGCAUGAGGUGCUGCCUCUGGAUGUGGCAGCCCCUGUGCCUGGUGGUUUCUUAUGGAACCGAGCUGCAGCGGGAAACCACACCUCCCAAGUCGCCUUCUGGAACAUCUUUGGCCUGUGGUCCUCGGGGGCAGCAGGCUAUGCUGGCUGCCAAGGAGGGCAGUUCCCUCUCCCAGUCCUGGCACCUGCCACCCAACCUGCCUCCUGCCAAGCCACACCCACACUGCAUCCUGUUCUUCUGGUCACUGCAAGGUGCUUGUCGUAGCCAAAGUAGCUGACACUCAGCUAUAGCUUGGACCGGGGCCGCUAUCCAUUCAGGGCAAGUCUGAGCAUUUUGUAGGUUCCCGGCUGGGGCCGAGCACUGCAGGCUGGAGUCUGAAGAUGUCAUGGCUGUCUCCCCUCAUGGAGAUGGUGGCAGGAUGGGUGUUUGUUUUCAGAGGCCGUGUGUGUGGCAUUGGUAGAUGCUGGCCAGCCUGUCGAUCUUGAUGUGUCUGAACUUGGACCCUGCACCCUAGUCCCAGUGGGAAAGGGAAUCAGGUGCUACCUAUGUCCCCCAAGUGCCUGGAAGAUUCAACAAGACCUGUAUUUACAGUC